UAUUGCUGCAGGUAUAUACAUUGAUGGAGCACAACCUUAGUUCAUCAAGAACUGACAGAAAAUUAAUAGAGAGGAAUAGAAGAAAUCAAAUGAAGGAACUCUACUCCCAGCUUAACUCUCUUGUACCCCAUCAAAGCUCAAGGGAACCAGUGCUGUCAGUGCCUGAUCAACUAGAUGAAGCUGCAAGCUACAUAAAAAGGUUGCAGACAAACUUGGAGAAGAUGAAGGAAAAGAAAGACAGUUUAAUGGGAAUGGAAAGGGCAGAUUAUACUUGCAAGAAUAGUAGUGGUGGAAAAACAGUCGGUUUAAGAUCACCACAAAUUGAGGUUAGUGAAAUGGGUUCCACUUUAGAGGUUGUUUUGAUGAAUGGCCUGGACAGUCGGUUCAUGUUCAAUGAGAUCAUUCGUGUGCUUCAUGAAGAAGGAGCAGAGAUUAUUAAUGCCAGUCUUUCUGUUGUAGAAGAUACUGUAUUCCAUACAAUACAUUCUAAGGUAUAG